AAGGAAGAGGUUUUAGAUGUACCCAUAAGAGGAAGGAGCAUGAGAAUGUUUCUCACGGAUGACAAGAUCUUAUUUGCUCGACAGAUUUUCCUGAUAUGAGCAUUUUACACCGAUUAUCUCAUAUGAUGAAAGUUAAAAACCGCUUGAAGGUGGUUUUAGUCCUGAUGUUGCUCAGUUUACUGAUUUUCCUGUUUAUACAAAGUGAAGUGUUCGACAGGAUGCCAACAUUCCGUGCCAGUCCUGAACAUGACAUGGCCUCAAGGUUAAAUAUUACUUGUGAAGGAGCUGAUCUCACCAGGCAGUUCGUGCCAAAAGAUCAACUAAAUGAUCUACUUGAACGCAGAGAAAAGGAGUAUAAGCAAAGUAAACUCAGGGUGAAAACAGAUGCAGAUAUUCUCAUCGCCCCGGCCAACUCUCCUCUACAAUAUCCUAUAACAGGUUUUAGGGUAGUUCCUCUGAAGAAAAGUAUGAUACCAGGUCUUGCCCUUCGAGUAAAAAGGACAAGUGCACGAACAAAUAGUGGGCAGUACAAGGUGUCUUUGAGUGUGAUGAGUGGUGUGCUCUCAGUGGAGGAUGUUCAGGAUGGACAGCAGGUGGAUGGACAGGGCCAGAGUGAACUUACCAUCUCAUCCAGCAACCUCACACAACUCAAUGAUCUGCUGUCCAGAGUGAGCUACACCAGCACCGUCUACCACAUUAGAACAUCAGACCUGGCCUGUUUGUCUUUUGAGGACCAUGAAGCCAAAUUUCCAAUCAUGAUUAGGAGACCAACAGUUCCUGUUCUGUAUGACCCAGGAGAAGAUAUCAACUCACAGGUGACCAUAUUAACCAAGACGUUUUUGAGAUACAAGGAGCUGAAUGUCCUCAUCGAGAGCAUCCGGAAGUUUUACCCCAAAAUCAAGAUCAUCAUUGCAGACGACAGUCUAAACCCUGAACGUGUGUCCGGAGACAACAUAGAGCACUUCAUCAUGCCUCCUGCACAGGGGUGGUUUGCGGGCCGAAAUCUGGCUGUAUCUCAAUUGACAACAAAAUACUUCCUGUGGGUCGAUGAUGACUUUGAGUUCUUGCAUGAGACCCGGAUCGAGAGUUUUGUGGAGAUUAUGGAAGCAGUUCCAGACCUAGAUGUUAUUGGCGGUGAGGUGUCUGGUGACCAGUUUUAUUUCCUUCUGGAAUAUGAAGAGGGAGCUGAGCAUGAAGGAGGAGGAUGUCUAAGGCGUGUUAGAGGAGAGUUUCAUCAGCCACUUUCAGGGUUUGAUGGAUGCCAUCUUGUGGAUGGUGUAACAAAUUAUUUCUUGGCAAGAACUGAAGCCGUGCGAAGAGUUGGUUUCGACCCGUUCUUGAAAAGAGUUGGUCACACAGAGUUUUUCAUCGAUGGCCUUGGAAAGUUAUUGGUAGCCACAUGUAAGGGCUUCUGUAUUGGUCAUCAGACUCAUCAGACAUAUGACAGCUAUGAAAGUUACAGGAAUCAAGAAAAAGAGGAUGAAAAGAGAAAACUGGCUCAUCACUUCUUUAAGAAUUAUCUCAACUGCAUCAAGUACUGAUAUUUACAUAUUCAACUAAUGUAAUUUAUUUCUGUGGACAAAAUGUGAAAUUCUGACAAAACAGAAAAGGACAGAGUCAGCUGCCAUGAGGAAAGUGCAUUACUUAAAGCAAUAGUUCACCCAAAUAUGACAUUCUGCCAUCAUUUACUCGUUUUGAGUUUUUUUAAAGUAAAGUUUUCCAUCUGAAAAACUACAGUUUUUCAACAUUCUUCAAAAUAUCUUCUUUUGUGUUCAACAGAAUGAAAAAAAAAACUCAACCUGGUUUAAAACAAAUGAUGAGAUCAACCUCAUUUUUUAGGUGAACUGUCCAUCUAAGUAAAGAGAAUGUAUUUAGCUGCCAAAAGCCUCUUUCAAAGAAAAUCUGUUACUUGGAACUUGGUGGCCUUAUUUUGCAAGCUCUUUUGUGGGAUUAAACUAAAGUGCUACUGAUUAGCAACUGGAGAUGCAGUGAUUUACAAAUAAGUAACUAAUAGGGAUGUGCAAUAUUUAUUAACUGCAAUAGGGUAUAUGCAGAGCUAGUGUUUCUUCACAUACUGAUAAACUUCCGGUGAAUGGUUAAUGUGACUUUUUUUCCAUUUUGUAAAGCUUCUGUUACAGCAUUGAUGUAAUGUAAUUAAAAUACAAUUAAUUAAAUAGGCAUUCAUUUAGUUGCUCAAGCAUAAAACGAGACAAAAAGGCAUUUACUCGCACACGCCCAUCACUCACACUCGCACACGCCCAUCAGAAACGGCAGGCUAGCGCAGAAGCUCCAUUGAAUAUUCUAGGGUAAAAUAAAUGUUCAGAUUUUAAAGAUAUGACGGAGAAAAAUGUAAUUAAAUGCAGUGCUUUUUUGUACAAUCUGAGACCCACUUUAUUAAAGAAAUGUUUUUUUAGAGAGAUUAAAAAGAUUUUUUUUAAUCGGACCUUAAACUCGCCAAUUUUGCGAUUGCAUACACAUUAAAAGUCCUUUAGCAUACUUCCGCAUAUACCCUAAAAAUAUUGCAGUUGUUGAUUUAACUAUAAUGGAGAUGGUGUUAUCAAGUAUGCCACACUUUGUAAAAUUAGAAAAUAGAAAACAAGCAGUAACUUCAUAUUGAAGUUUUUGCAAAUGCAGAUAGAAUUAUUAGCCAAUAAUUUAAUUAACUACAGUAAAAAUUUUCCGUUUUUGGUAAUUUUUUUAAAGGUGCUGUAUGUAAGUUUGACACCCAGUGGUUGCACUAGGUAUUGCAUUUCUAGACCAAAACAAACACAAGCAUAGGUUGCCAGAUUAAGGACCAACAGGAGCGAGCUGAAAGGCUUAUUUAAAUUGUGUUCUAAAUAAAAGCAAUGGCACGCGAUAAAAUGAAUAUUUUCAUAUUAAAAGGGGUUUUUGUUCUAUCAACAUUUCUAUUUUACAAAGGGCUUCAAUUUUCUGCAACAGCAAAAACUGACAAUUAUCACCUCAGGUAAACCUCAUGUGCUUUAUUUAGUGUUAAAUGCUAAUAAUUUGAGUUUGAAUGCCAUUUUAUAUCACAUUUAUUGCCGUAUACUGUUUAUAAACAGAUCUGUCACUCAAAACCAACACAUAUCAGUGAUUCAGCAUGUACAUUUAAUUUUGUUAAAGAGGUUUAAUAUGUAUUAAUUAGAUUAUAAACCUUACCAUUUUGUGAGUAAGUGCGUAUUCUAUUCUUCUGAAUGGCUGUAUUUAAAAUUCUGUCUAGUUUCAUCUGGUGCAAACAGCUAAAUUGCUUAUUACUGCACAUCCCAUCAUGUAGCAUGUUGUUAGGACACGGGGUCACAAGGUAACCUGCUCACCUAAUGUUUACGCUCGUGAUAUGUUUAUAUUAUUUGAUAAUUAACAAGCUCAUGUGGAACUCUGAGUCUGCAUCUCAUUUUGGAGUCUGCUACUGUCCACCGGAGGUCACAUUUCGGUCACAAAAGCAUGCUUUGAAAGCCUCCAUCACUGAAUAACUGAAUGAAAAACGCUGUUUUCCUUCUUGGCAAUCCAGAGUACCAAAAGAACCAAAACAAAGACAGCCAUUCUGGCAUGUAUUAGACUUUUUCAAAGCAGAAUAUCUGAUUUAAGCAUUGUUUUUUUUAGAUAAACACAAAUGUUCACUUUGUUUCUUAAAUAUCUAACAUAUUAUGGUAUUUUUAUACUUUAGUAAGGUCGAAAACUUACAAAAAUCACCUUUAAAGACAUUGUAUAGUUUGGAAAUAUCACACAAGAGGGGCAUUUUCAAGCUUGUGAGCACAAUAUGAAAUGUGAUUAUUGUUUUUGAACUUUAAAAAAACAUGCAAUAACUCAGUAAGCACAUUUUAGACUAUUUUGUUUGUUGUAUAUUACGAAUGAAAAUGGCUCUAAACAAUGACAGAGCAUACAGUAACAUUUGCUCAUCUCAGAGCAGCAUUGCACUCUAAAGUGAAUCUUUUAUAUUGAAAUCAAGAAUCAAUGUGAGUCAAAUUUCAAGGAUCUAUUUAUAAUGACAAUCAUUUGAUUCUAUUGUUUUUAACGAAUCAGCUGUCACUCAUUAAGAUAAGACUUUCCACCACCUACUGAUGGUUUUAGCUUAAAAUGUAUCAACCCAUGAUCUGACCAAACUAAUUAUGGCACAAAAACACAUUCAGCAAAAAAAUAUCCCCCCAAAAUACUAAAAAUCGUUUUUUUUUUUUAAUAUUUUUUAAUCAAAAUUGCACACUCUUAGUGACUGCCUCUUUUAUUUAGAAGCUGAGACCUCUGCAUGUUCUGCAGUAUUGCACAUUUCAUAGCUAUUUUCUAUAAUGACCAAAAAGAAAGGGAAUGAAUGUUGACCUAACCUCAGGUAAAAACUGAAAGAGAGAGCCGUAGAUCGUUUUUAAUAACAAUGACAGUAGCUUAAGGGACUGUUUGUGUAUUAUUGUUACUUUAUGAAUGAAUAAAUCUAUGUAUUUAUUGCCAUAUUUAUUGACAUUUUAAGUGUAAACUGGAGAACAUUAUCACUGCAGUUUGUCAUGUGUUUAAUAUUUAUUUUUUAUGUUUACCAUGUUUCAUGUGUUCUCAUUGUGUAAGCAUUCUCAUCUUAAAAACCGUUACACUGCAUCAUA